UGCCCAAGAUGCAUGCAGUGUGAUACAAAAUUUGACUUCAUAACCAGAAAGCAUCACUGCCGAAGGUGUGGGAAGUGCUUCUGUGACAAGUGCUGCAGUAAAAAAGUGCCUCUGCCUCGCAUGUGCUUUGUGGACCCCGUGCGCCAGUGUGCUGAGUGUGCCCUCAUCUCGCAGAAAGAAACUGAGUUCUAUGACAGACAGCUUAAAGUGCUCAUGAAUGGUGCUACCUUCUUCGUAACUCUGGGAACAUCUGACAAGUCUGAGCUCAUGGUUUGUCGACUUUCCAACAAUCAGAGAUACCUGGUUCUGGAUGGAGACAGCCACUAUGAAAUUGAAAUUGUGCAGAUUUCAACCGUUCAAAUACUUACAGAGGGGUUUACUCCUGGAGAGAAAGAUCCUCACACUUACACCAGCCUCCUGGAGAGCCAGCCGAUCACUGAAGGCGGCAAUACUCGUGCCAUAGGCAUGGUUCUGCAGUACAAGGUACCGGGAUCGGAGGAGCUGACGCAGAUGAAGUUCACGGCCAGUGAAGACUUCAGCUGUAACCGGAAGCUGUCGGCGAGCUGGCUGGCGGCGAUGCACAAGGCGACGAAGCUUCUUUACGAGUCGCGGGACCAGUGA